UCGGGCAGUAGUAGAAAAAAAAAAAAUAUCUGGUUGCCAUGAAUUUCAGCUAGCUAGCCACCGACAGCUGUCAGUACGCUUGAGUAAAACCAUCCAUGUCAAGACAAAAGCAGGAUUUUCGGAGUCGUGUGCUGCUUCUGUGUACAAAUAGGGGCACACCAGCCUGCCUGCCAACCUACUGUGAAGCGAUCCAGCUGGCUAAGUGACCAGAGCAGGAAGCCUUGGCACCGCUGUGUGCCAGUUCAUUUCAAGACCCAGGGAUCUCUGAAUCCAGAAGAUGAACGGUCUGUCCAUACGAGAGCUAUGCUGCCUGUUCUGCUGCCCCCCAUGCCCCAGCCGCAUUGCAGCCAAACUGGCUUUCCUCCCUCCAGAGCCCACCUACGCCCUUUUACCUGACCCAGAUCCAGGUUCUGGAGCUGGAACUGCCGCUGGAUCCACCUCUGGGGCUUCUGUGCCUUCUAUCGGAGCCCCAGGACUGCGUUCCCGGCUCGGCACUAGUAGUGGAAGUGACCGAGGAGGUGCAGGAGGAGGAGGAGGGGGCGGUGGAGGCGGCGGUGGCGGCGCUGGUGGAGGUGGAGGAGGCGGAGCAGGCGCUGGUAGCACUAGCACCACUUCUGGGGCUGAAGGCAGGUGGAAGCUUCAUCUCACAGAGAGAGCGGAGUUCCAGUAUUCUCAGCGAGAGCUGGAUGUGACGGAUGUGUUCCUGACCAGAUCUAGCCGAGGGAACAGGGUGGGAUGCAUGUACAUUCGCUGCGCCCCCAAUGCCAGGUUCACGGUGUUGUUUUCCCAUGGCAAUGCAGUAGACCUGGGCCAGAUGAGCAGCUUCUAUAUCGGCUUAGGCACACGCAUCAACUGCAACAUCUUUUCCUAUGAUUACUCAGGCUACGGUGUUAGCACCGGCAAGCCCUCCGAGAAGAACCUUUAUGCUGACAUUGAUGCUGCCUGGCACGCCCUGCGCUCCCGGUAUGGCAUCAGCCCCGAGAAUAUCAUCCUGUACGGCCAGAGCAUCGGCACAGUGCCCACUGUGGACUUGGCAUCACGGUUCGAGUGCGCUGCUGUGGUCCUCCACUCUCCUCUCACCUCUGGAAUGAGAGUGGCCUUCCCCGACACCAAGAAAACAUACUGCUUUGAUGCCUUCCCUAACAUAGAGAAAGUGUCAAAGAUCCCGUCUCCAGUGCUCAUCAUCCACGGUACAGAGGACGAGGUGAUCGACUUCUCUCACGGCCUCGCCCUGUUCGAGCGCUGCCCCAAGGCCGUGGAGCCCCUCUGGGUGGAGGGAGCCGGUCACAACGACAUUGAGCUUUACAGUCAGUACCUGGAGAGGCUACGGCGCUUCAUCAACCAGGACCUGGCUGCACAGCACGCCUGAGAAACAAAACAUCAGCCUCUCUGCGUUUUGUAUGAAUGAGACAGUGUGCGUGUGUUUGCGUAUGUGUGAGUCAGUGAGGAAACGUCAGCAUGAUACAAAAGUACGGGUGAGAAACUGACUUAAUAAUGGAUGUGUGAUUUUCGUCACAUCUGUGUGUCUUUGAAGCAGCACACCUUUUAGGUUACUUUCUCAACUGCACCUUGGUUGAAAUAACUUCCUGUUUUAACGGUGAGAAAGUUUUUUAACACAUCAUUAGCUGCAUCCAUCUGUGCAGCGGAGUGUGGUGAAACACUAAAAACAGCAACUUCACAGAUCUGUUUUUUUUUUUUUUUUUUUAAACGUGGAGAUUGUUAUGAAUUAUAGUUUUAAAAAUGUGUCACUCACUUGAAUUAAUUAAGAAGCAGAGACGUGUUUUGUCCAAAAAGGCACACAGAUGUAGUUUUUAAGUAAGCUUUAGUGAAUGUGUGAGUGUGUAUUCAUAUCGAAUAAUACGUGCACGUGUGUGUAAGUGUGUGUGAGUGUGUGUGUGAGCAGGGCAUUGCUGAAACAAAUGAAGGACAUCCUGCAAGUGGAGGAGGCUUACGGAGACUUAUCAAUAUUGAUGUUUUGGUUGUUUUUUUUUGUUUUCUUUGAUUAUGCGUGUAUGUAUGAAGAAUACCUCCACGGCUUGACCAGUUCUCUCAGCGGUGGACAAACGCUGGUCAAGCACGUGUCCCUACACCCCUUCCUCCACCUCCUCCACCUCCUCCACCUCCUACACUCCCUGUUUACCUGUUAAUGGACAUCCAUCUGACUGCCAGGGCAUUUCCCAAGUUGUUGUCCAGCUAACACUAACCUACUUUACUUGUGUGGUUUUGGGGGUCCAUCUACUUUCCUUUUUUCGGCGUCAGUUACGGCGGAUACACGAGGACUAGUCUGGAAUACUGUCAUGGCUCGUACGGCUGUCGGGUGUCUCAUACUUUCCCUUCAUUUUUCGACUCUUGAUACGAUCUCAGAAUGGCCGGCUUCCACUUCAUUUCCUGGCUGUGCUAUAGCUUUAGCGUUUUUGCUGUCCUCAGAACAGGGGAAAUUAUUUUGAUUUCCCCACUUCCCCCCCCAUCCAGUCCUACAUAUUUGUGAUGGAGAAUGAUGGUGUGGUUGAAAUGGGAACAGGUCUUUGAGAGCCACACUGAGAAGAGUGUCUCUGUUCAUGUGGACGUUUCUUUGGCAGCCAUAGAUCAGCUGUAGGUUUACACAGUCAUUUCCAUGUCACACUCCAAAGACAUGGUUGUAUCCCUGCUGUAUUUACUGAUAUUUGAUGUUGAAAGGUAGACUGCUUAGACUUGGAAUAAGUCAGAUUUAAAGGAAUAGUUUGACAUUUUGAAACCUGCUUUUUUUUGCUUUCCUGCUGAAAGUUAUGAAGUUAUCCGCAAAACCCACAACACGUCACUCUCACACUUCAACUAAUCGGUAAUCGAUUGACCGUUGCUGCUCUACUUUCAGGUGGAUUUUGUUACCUUUGCACAGAGUCAGGCUAGCUGUUUCCCUCUGUUUCCAGUCUUUAUGCUUCUUCUGAUUUAACGCUCAGCGAGAAAGCAGAAAAGUGUGUUUCCUGAAUGUCAAACUGAACCUUUGAGUCUGAAGUGUAGCUGUUGACGAGGUCUGUGAAAACUUUGUCUCUUCUGGUUGAACACACCCCCCCUUUGUGGAGCUCGACGUUCUGGUUCUGAAGGUGUAAGGAGACAAAGUAGCUGCUCUGUUCACCGAACUAACGAGGAUCAUGUCUGGUUUCUUCAGAACAGUCGGAACAUCUUUUGUGUAAUAUCGAUUACUUGUAGUCUUACAGCACAGUUUGUUUACCCCGCGUCGUCGCAGCAGUAGGACUCAUUACCAGGCUCGGUCAGCCCGCUGUUCUCAUUCACCCUCAGCACAUUUGUGUUUCUUCGUCGUUUUUCGUCUCGAUGUAACUAAUCCGAACGUGUUCUUGACGUAGUGUAGGGCCAUGGAUUAUUUGUCUCAGAACCAUGUGUCGUCGUCGUCGUUGUUGUGACUAACAGUGUGAUUCAGAUCGGGCGCCCGGACGGCACAUCAUCAUGCCUACUUGCUCUGUUUAACCUCUGUGGCCCUAAAAUGUACAGGAGCUCUCUUAUGGGUGGCAGCACGCUUCAUGUCUGACACAAGCCAUAUUUGAGCCUCUCACUGUUUGUGUGGUGCAGGUUCCACCACACACACCUUUGCACAUCAUUACACACACACACACACACACACAUUGAAACACAACAUACACAUGCAUACACGCGUAAUACAUGUACUGUAGUAUACAGUAUAUUUACACAUUUAUAUAUAUCAGAUCAAGCAUGACAAAAGCAGGUCUUAAGUUCAGCACUAUUGUACAAAGCAUCCAAAGUGUAAUAAGGGUAUAAAAUGUAAGUUUGUGUGUCUUCAUUAUUAUUGACUGUCUUCUACAGGCCAGCAUUAGGGAUAUUAACAUCGCGUUUGAGUAAGUAGGCGCCGUGUGUAGUCCUGAAAACGGACAAGAACUGUGGCGUGCUAUCACCGCAUUUUCAGAUCUACACAAGGCGCCUGCUUCAUCGGAGACCCGUCAGUUUCAGUGAUAGUAGCUGCGUUUUAUUUUUUGUUUGUUGAGUUUUUUUUAAGGGAACAUGUUCUGAACUAGCACUGAUCUGAUUACUCCAUUUUGGGAGUACUAGUGGGUCUCGGUAAGCAGUGGAAAGUUUACUAAAAAAACAAAACAAAAAAACACCACUCGCUCUCUGUCAUCCCCCUUUACGACCAGGGAAUCUUUCCAUUCUCAUGCUGCGCUUCGUGUCUCUGAUAUUUAAAUAAUGGAAAUCUGUUACCAUCUUGAGCCAGGGAUCUGAGCUGUCAGAAGAAUUAAGAGAGAAAUAUCGCCUCUCUCUCUCUCUCUCUCUGAAGAAGAAGAAGUAGAAGUAGGCCUCAGUUUCUCCUGGACAGGUCGUGUUUAUCAGGGAAACCACUGGAUCCACCUUUUCAUUCAUGGGGUUCAAGAAACGGGGUGGAGACUUUGCCGUUUUAUUGACGCACCACUAUGGUUGACGUAUAUCGUAUCCUCUGGCCCUGAAUGUUUAUUGACGGGGGGUGGGCGGGGGGUGGAGGGUCGAACAGUGAAAACUGUAUGCAUGUCUAUUGUGUUUUGCAGAGCAAGUGACGGGGUGGGAUGUUAUCUCUAUUAUGUAUUCUAUGUGAGGGUAAAGCUGAACUCAUGGCAUCGGAACAUUGAAGCGCUUUUUAAAGAGAAAAAAAAAAAAACGGGACGUUUAUUUGAAUUUUUUUAUUGCUGAUACUAACUGAUGUAUUGUUAUGAGUUUCGUGCUAGAGUUUGAGCGGGGCAGUGGUGGGCGGGUCGGGGUGGCUAGGCGGGUGGGUUAGGGGCUAGACAAUAUUAGUGGGCUGUUUAUAUGGUUACUGUACUUACCUAUUCUAUUCUUUGUAUUAUGAUUUGUAAUUUUAUGUUGCUUUUUUGAACUGAGAAUAUGAUGUAAUGAAAUUAAUUCAUGGGACUGAAUCUUGACCUUUUUAUGGACUACAAAAUAAUAAUAAAAAAAAGAUCACUUAUGUACAAAAAUAA